AUGACAAUGUCGGAUUUAAGGGAUUCACCAUCAGCCACUGCUUUAGCAAUUAUUUUAUUUGGAAUUAUAUUUUGUUGUAUCAUUGCAUGUUGUAGCGCUUACAUACUAUCCCGAAAAAAACAUUUAAGAAAUCAAAUUCGAACAAUUAGUUCGAUGAAUCGAUGUAUUAGUCCACCAUAUGCGAGUGAACCAACUCAUUCCGAAUAUCCACCUCCUCGUUAUUCGUUAUCUACUGAACUCAAUGCAAUAGAUUCUAAUACUUCGACUGCUGUUGACAUAUCACCUCCAUUAUAUGAUACUGUGGUCAAUUUACCAACUUGA